AUGUCCACACUGGACACAAAUUUAGAACCGAAAACGUUACUUUAUGACUCGAAAGUGUGCCGUCUGUGUGGUGAAAGGAACGAAAAUGGACGUCCAUUGUUUCGAGCAAGUGACGCGAAUGGUGAAUGCGAAGUCAGCAGGCUGAUCAAUCAGUUUUUGCCGGUAAAGGUCCACAAUGAUGGUGUUUUGCCACGAUGGAUUUGUCCCGGGUGUCACAUUCAGCUCGAAUCAACGGCACAAUUCUUUGAGAUGAUUAAUAAAGGCCAGCAACAGAUAUCGGCCAUGAAGGAAAGGCAGCAAUCAGUGCUCGGGAAGAGUGGCAGUGUGCGAAUGGAUGAUGUCGGUCAGCUUUGCGACAUUAUGGAUCCGGAGAAGUGGAACGAGCUGUUUGAGAAACCGGGAUUGAUUAAUACCGAUAAGGAGAGCUUACUCGUGCCGCUGGAGCUGUUCGAAUUGGAAGAAUUGUUCAAACCGAUCGACACCCACCCACCAAAACCACCACCAACAGAAGACUUACAAAAGGAAGUGGACAACUUUACCCAACCAGAAGGCGCUAUUGAGUCGGAGAAAAUCGAUGAAAAAGAUUGGAUCGUAAAAUCGGAAGUAACAGCCACGAACCGUGGCCGUGUGAUUGGAUAUGUCCAUCACAACCACACCAAAACGGAUAUCGGCAACCUGGUACUGGUAGAGGAUGCUGUAGGGAAGAAAAAAAUCAGUGCAAAGUUUGUGUGCGACAUUUGUAGCGAAAGUUUUGCCCGAGAGCCACGCUACCUGAAGCAUCGGAAAACGCACAGCAUCCUGUUCGAGUGUUCCGUGUGUCUACUGAAGUUCGGUUCGAAUGGAAAGCUUCUGGUGCACCAGCAACAAACUCUGCACAUUGGAAAUGGUAUGGUAGAAGGUUUACAGCUACCGGAGGACAGUGGCUCGAGGCGAAAAGGAGAGAGCUUACGGGUAUCUGGUGGGACGAAAUGGGCAAGCGAAACACCGAAGAAGAAUGAUAAUGUAUAUGCGUGUGAUAGUUGCGAUAACACUUUUGCCGGUUUGAACAACGUGCUGGAGCAUGAGGAAUCGGUACACGCCCACGAUAACCAUUCGUUCGUGUGUAUCGAAUGUGGAAAAGCGUUCCGGGAGAAGAAUCUACUGCACCGGCAUCGCCAAACACACGCGCAAGAUCGUGUCCACCGGUGUACGGUGUGUGAAGCGGCCUUUAAAACCCGAUCCACUCUUACCAAACAUGCCCGUUCGCACGAGAACACGAAGCGCUACCAGUGUACGAUCUGCCAACAGCAGUUCGCUUACAAGUCUGGUUUCGAUAAGCACCUGGACUGGCAUAAUGGGGUGAAACGGUACGAGUGUGAGCAUUGCUCGAAACGGUUCUCCCAGCGGGGAAAUCUGAAAGAACACCAGCGUAUUCAUUCCGGCGAUAAACCGUUCCAGUGUGACGUUUGUGAGGCUCGGUUUGGGACAAGCUCGCAGCACCGGGUCCACGUCAAACGGCACGAAAAUGUCCGCCCGUACGAAUGUGAAAUGUGCGAUAAAACGUUCGUUUUGCGCGAGAACUACAACACCCAUCUCCGGCGACACCGGAAUGAGAAACCGUUCGCUUGCGGUGACUGUCCGCGCACGUUCGUCGAGCGAUGGGCACUGACGAAACACGUGCGGACGCACACACAGGAGAAACCGUACAGUUGUAAACAUUGCGGCAAAUCAUUUUCCGACCCGUCGAAUCUUUCACGGCACGUGAGCUCGGUGCACGAGAAGAAGCUCAAGGAUAAAGCGGACGCAAUGGAACAGGAGAUCGUUGGUGGUACAAGCAUUAAGGUUGAUGCGGACGGGAUGCUUUAUGAUGUAACCGGCGGUGAAGGUGCGAACGAAAUCGAUUCCCUUGGCGAGGACGGAAUGCUUACGCUGGAUGAAGCAAUGUACAUGGAAGAGCAUUAG